AUGGCACUCUCCGCAAUCGAGUGUCUCCCGCCCGAGAUCAUCGAGACUAUCUACCUCGAUGCUUUAGAGGUCAAUCUUGCACGUGCGUCCAAAGUGAUCGCGGCGGCUGUAUCCCGAGAGGCUGUCUAUAAUUCUUUCAUGAUCCAAGCCCUUUGGAACGAUCCACAGGACUGUGUCCGGCCGCGGUACUCCGACCGUGAAUUCGUGUACAUGGAUGUGAGGUGUAUAAAGCGAGAUUAUCGAGAGAGCCCAGGGUUCCAAUCGGAACUACGGUUGGCCGCCUAUCGCCCUUUGCUGAUUUCAGAUCAGAAGGAGCUGCAACGAAAGGUCAUGUCUUGCCGCUGGUUCAACAUUCAUCGGUUGGAACGGGUUUUACCGACACUGCUAGCACUGACACUGGAUGCCAUCCUGUUACAAGAAAAAACCCGGUUUCCCUCCAAAGCCAUACAGCGGAGAGAAUGGAGCGGUACUUCCACGAUGGACGCUUUCCGAGCGCUUCGGGUGCAUACGAACGAUGGAUCGCCAAAACGACUUCGUAUCAUGGAUCAGUUUGCCAUUGAGGCCGAAUAUUCUGUCCCGGAGCACGGGCGAAGUCAUAUCAUUCGACCCGUCCGUGUUUUCUCCCUUCCGGACAAGGCAUUACACGGCCCAUGGUGUGAUGAUAGAGUCAACCUCCUAGUUGCCCUGCGCCGUGCGUUUGGGAAAAGGUUUGCCCGUCAUGACCUUUCCUACUCCGCCAUGCGACAGCAGACUCUUGCUCCGGUUAUCUCCGGAAUGGCUUGCCUGCAAGGCAUUAAAGACGCCAUAGCAGAGGGCAACCGUCUCGCCCUGCUGUACCUACUUGAUAUCAGAGAAAAUUUCCGACCAGUGGCGACGAAUAUCUUGCACCAGACUCUGUUCCCGGAUCAAUUAUUGAAGAUGGCAAUCCACACGCAUACGCCUGACUUUGAUAUUAUUAAGCUUCUCAUUCGAGCCAGACCAUUUGCUCGAAGCUGCAAUUUGGUCAAGUGGACCAUUGCCACUAGUCUUCCAGGCAGCGUCAACGAAACUCGGUUACUUUGUUGUCUCCACCAAUACAGUGCCGUUGGCAGUAGGAAUUCCCUCUGCAGAGCACUCUGGCCGAAUCCAGGUUCAGAGCGUUCCCUCUUAGCGGAAGAGCCCUGGUUGUAG